CCUCUCUUCUAAAGCACCUCCUAGUUAGCUAGCUUCACUUCACGCCACCGCAGACUGACCUACGCUUCUAAGAUGGCCGGUGUACGAGCUGUUGGUGUUCUCUCCAGACUGACGUUAAGGAGAUAUAAUCUUUUCACAGGGCCAUCUUAUCGCUCCUUCUCAGUAUCUCCUGCCAUGCUAGCCCGAACACAUGUGAACUAUGAAGUCAAGGGAGACGUAGCUGUUGUACGGAUUAAUGACCCAAACUCAAAGGUCAACACACUGUCUAUUCAAAUGCAAAAAGAGAUGACAGAGGUGAUGAAUGAAGUGUGGGAAAACGAUGCCGUUAAAAGUGCUGUUCUUAUCUCAUCAAAGCCGGGAUGUUUCAUUGCAGGAGCUGAUAUCAAUAUGAUCCAGGGCUGCAAAACCCCAGAAGAGGUUACCAAACUUUCUCAGGAAGGACAGAAAAUGUUUGAGCAGAUUGAAAAAUCUCCAAAGCCCAUUGUCGCUGCCAUCAAUGGUUCUUGCUUAGGAGGAGGCUUAGAGUUUGCUAUUGCCUGCCAGUACAGAGUUGCAACAAAGAGCAAAAAAACAGUUCUUGGGACUCCAGAAGUGAUGCUGGGUCUUCUACCUGGAGCUGGUGGUACGCAAAGACUCCCCAAAAUGGUUGGCCUCCCCUCUGCUUUUGACAUGAUGCUGACAGGACGAAAUAUCCAAGCAGAGAAAGCCAAGAAGAUGGGGCUUGUUGACCAACUCGUAUCUCCUCUAGGACCGGGACUGAAGAGUCCAGAGGAAAGAACAAUAGAAUACCUUGAGGAAGUUGCCAUUGAGUGUGCCAAAGGGAUUGCCAACAAAAAGAUUUCUCUUCGCAAAGAAAAGGGUACAAUGCAGAAGAUUCAAGACUAUGUUAUGAGCUUCCCCUUUGUCCGGAAUCAGAUUUACAAAACGGUCCAUGGCAAAGUUAUGAAGCAGAGCAAAGGACUUUAUCCAGCACCCCUGAAAAUCAUUGAAUGUGUGAAAACUGGAGUUGAACAAGGACCUGUUGCUGGAUACCUAGCGGAGUCUCAGAAUUUUGGUCAGUUGGCUAAAACUUCAGAAUCGGCAGCCCUGAUUGGUCUGUACCAUGGUCAGGUUGCAUGCAAGAAGAAUCGCUUUGGAACCCCUGAGAGAGAAGUGAAGACUCUUGCCAUCUUGGGAGCAGGUCUUAUGGGAGCAGGUAUUGCUCAGGUGAGCGUGGACAAAGGUGUGCAUACAAUCCUGAAAGACACCACAGUGGAAGGACUGGCGAGAGGCGAACAGCAGGUUUACAAAGGGCUCAAUGAUAAGACCAAAAAGAAGAGAAUUACAUCGUUUGAGAGAGACUCCAUACAGUCGAACCUGACUGGCCAGUUGGAGUACAAGGGUUUCGAAAAGGCCGACAUGGUUAUUGAAGCUGUGUUUGAAGACAUAAACAUCAAGCAUAAAGUUGUGAAAGAGGUGGAAGCUGUGAUCCCCCCUCACUGCAUAUUUGCCAGCAACACAUCUGCUCUGCCCAUAAAGGACAUCGCAGCUGCCAGCAAAAGACCAGAAAAGGUAAUUGGAAUGCACUACUUCUCUCCAGUGGACAAGAUGCAACUCCUUGAGAUUAUAACCACUGAUAAGACAUCAAAGGACACCACUGCCUCCGCUGUGGCAGUUGGCCUGAAGCAGGGAAAAGUCAUCAUAGUUGUUGGGGAUGGACCCGGAUUCUACACAACAAGAUGCCUGGCUCCCAUGUUGGCUGAGGCAGUGCGAUUACUUCAGGAAGGUGUUGACCCCAAGAAACUGGACGCACUCACCACAGAUUUUGGGUUCCCCGUGGGUUUGGCCACACUGGCUGAUGAAGUUGGCAUUGACGUUGGAGCCCAUGUGGCAGAGGACCUUGGGAAAGCUUUUGGCUCCCGCUUUGGUGGUGGAAAUGUGGAGGUUUUGAAGACUAUGGUGGAUCUGGGAUUCAAGGGCCGCAAAUCAGGAAAGGGUUGCUACGUCUACCAGCCAGGAACUAAAGUCAGAGAUGUGAACCCGGAUAUUGGAGACAUUCUUGAGAAAUACAAGUUGACACCAAACCCCUCUGUUUCAUCAGACUCUGAAGUGCAGUACAGACUUGUCUCUCGAUUUGUCAACGAAGCUGUGAUGUGUUUGCAAGAAGGUAUUUUGAACAACCCCUUGGAAGGAGACAUCGGAGCAGUGUUUGGUCUUGGAUUCCCCCCCUACCUUGGAGGACCUUUCCGUUUUGUGGACAGCUUCGGUGCUGACAAACUGGUGAACAAGAUGAGGCAAUAUGAGGCCAUCUAUGGGAAUCAGUUUACACCAUGCCAGCUUCUGCUGGACCAUGCAAAAGAUUCCAGCAAGAAAUUUCACAAGUGACCGAAUCACCAUGCUGUGCCAGUAGCUCAUAGUAAAAACUCAAGCCCGCCAUUUGAAUGUGCCUAACAUUUAUAUCGGGGGGGGGGUCCUACAGUAAAUCCUGCCUUCAUGAAAUUUGUAAUGUUCUGUUAUUUUUAAUGCUGUUUUAAAGUGGUGUAGAUCUAAUUUUGUGAUUAUUUGACAGGAUGCAAUCUGAGGUGUGUUGAAUUCUUUCCCACGGUUAAGGUUUAUUUUUCUUAUUUAACCUGCACUCACUGGUUUAAAAAAAAACCCAAUGUGUGCACAAAAGCAUCCCAAAUGAUCAUAAAGCACAAGCAAUACCUCUUUAAAACUGUCAGAAAAACUGGAACAUUUCCAUCUUCAUGGAGAUCAGUCUGCAUUGGUUUUUGUUAGGUCUAUCUAAUAAACUGGCAAUGGAUGAUCUAGAAUUGAAGUUGGGUUUUUUUAUCAUUAACUAACACAUUAAAUAGGUGUGUUAGGGGCCAAUUAUUUACACAUUGCAUAUGUAAAAACACUGUAGAUGUAAAAUAAACUGCUCCAAAUGGUAACAAUGAACUUCCUCUAUAAUGAAUGUCUACAAGUAUGUUUCAGUGAAUGCCUUUUCAUUCUUUUUUUCUACGUGGAAGAUUUUCUGGUUUGGUCUGGACAAUGUGAUGUGAAAUAAAAGCUUGAAUGAAUUAAA